AUGAUCAGCCGCAACUUCAAGAAUGUGCUGGUGGUCUCAAUUGGGUUUCUGUCCCUGUUCACGGCUUAUGGAGGUCUGCAGAGUUUGCAGAGCAGUCUGAAUGCAGCGGAGGGGAUGGGCGUGGCCUCUCUGAGCGUCGUCUACGCCUCCAUCAUCGUCUCCUCCAUGUUUCUCCCUCCCAUCAUGAUCAAAAACCUGGGCUGUAAGUGGACCAUUGUGGUUAGCAUGGCCUGCUACGUGUCCUACUCGUUUGGAAACCUCUACCCAGGAUGGUACACUCUCAUCCCCACCUCAGUGAUCCUGGGGUUGGGUGGCUCUCCUCUGUGGUCGGCUAAAUGCACAUACCUGACCAUCUCUGGGAACGCGCAGGCCACCAAAGAGAACAAAAAGGGCUCUGACGUGAUCAACUACUAUUUCGGCAUCUUCUUUUUCAUCUUUCAGUCUUCCGCUGUUUGGGGAAACCUGAUGUCUUCGCUCAUCUUUGGACAGGACACAGCUAUUGUUGACAUCCCUCAGGAGCAGCUGGAAAGCUGUGGAGCAGCCGACUGCGGCCUAAAUGUCACUGCUUAUGGGAACACCACAAGGCCUGAGCAGAAACUGGUGUGGACGCUCGUCGGAAGCUACAUCGGCGUGGGUGUGCUGGCCAUCCUGAUCGUGGCGGUGUUUCUGGACAACAUCGACCGCGAGCAGGCCAGUGAGUUCCGUGGUAGCCAGCAGCCGUUUUGCCACACGUUCUUGGCAACAUUCAGGCUCCUGAAGGACUGGAGGCUGGUGACACUCAUCCCUCUCACCAUGUACAGCGGCUUUGAACAGAGCUUCCUUUCAGGGGAGUACACCAAGAACUAUGUGACUUGUGCUUUGGGGAUCCAUUAUGUUGGUUUUGUAAUGAUGUGUUUUGGAGCUUCCAAUUCCCUUUGUUCAAUUCUCUUUGGGAGAAUCGCCCGGUACACUGGAAGAGCUCCACUCUUUGCCCUGGCUGCACUGACAAACUUGAGCUGCAUCAUUGCUCUUUUAUACUGGAGGCCUCAUCGUGACCAGCUUGCUGUGUUUUUUGUGUUUCCUGCUCUGUGGGGUUUGUCAGAUGCUAUCUGGCAAACCCAGACUAAUGCUCUUUAUGGCAUCCUCUUCCCGCGGGAAAAAGAGGCGGCGUUUGCAAACUACCGGAUGUGGGAGUCGUUGGGUUUUGUCAUCGCCUUCGCCUACAGCACGUUCUUAUGCCUGGAGUAUAAACUGUACAUCGUGCUGGCCGUGCUGGUGGUCACCGCCAUCACUUACCCGAUAGUGGAGUACCAUGAACACAAGCAUCCAACGAAACCCAUUGAAGAAGGAGCCUACCAAAAUCACAAAGAAGUCAUCAAAGCAAAUGACGACAUCAUCUGCCAGACACACUUGUAG